CUGGAUCAGUGCGGCUUUCGAGCUGGUUCGCGUAGCACACUUGGAACGGGGAUCGCUCGGUCGGCUUUUUAUUUUAUUUUUUUCGUUUUUUGGUGGGAUCGAACGGAUUCGCGGGUUUCCAAAAAAUAAUUCCGUUGAAACAUAUCGCGGUGAACACCUGUUUUGUUAGAACAAUUGUUUGGUUCGGAUCCACUUGAACGGGGGUGGAGUGCUACUUUCGUGUGAAGAAUUUAACUGACUAAAAUUAGAGGUGAAAAAAAAACGCACAACUCAUAAAUCUCUUGACAGCUGGAGUGUGAGAAGUGUGAGGUUGCGUUAAGCUGAAGUGUCCAGUGUGUGAGUGGGGAUUAUUGGAAUUUUGGGAGUCAAUUUGGGCAGAUUUGGUGGACGCCUCCGCCCCCAAGUUGAGGCGUUCGCCUAAUCAGUUAUUCCUAAACGCGCGCGCGUGCUGGUCCUAAAGUUCGACAAAGUGGUGCUUGAAUGAGUAACGAGACUCACCGGCAGCGUUGACCGUUGGGCGUCGUCGCCCGUUCGUCUUAGGCUAAGGAGUUGGAGGUGUAGUGAAGUAGCCACACCGAGAAGUGGCGCGUACAGAAAAAACGUGUAAUAAUAAAAAUAAUAAUAAUAGUAAUAACACACCCCGGCACUGAACUGUGUGGCAGAUUUGGAGCUCGCCUGGAGAACCCAGAUGACGAAGAGCACUGUGGAGCACUGAGACCAAGUCCUAAGUUUACCAAAUGACUUGGAUUUGUGCCCGGUUUGUUCGGUUUCGUCGUCGUCGUUUUUCAGUGUGAAGUGGUUUUUCGCGAAGGGGCACAAGGUGUUUAUAAUGUUUUAUUGUUGUUGUUUUGAUUUGGGAGCCUAGCCUAUUUUGAGGAGGAGGAUAGGAGAGUGAUUGGUGGUGCUUGUGGCUGAUGAGAGGGACGGACAGUGUGUUCACGCCGGGAAGAGAAUUCAAGUGAGUACAGGAGCUGACGGAAAAGUGAGAUCACUGCGGAUUUAUACGGAUACAUUUGGAAUCAAUCGUAGGAGAGAUCAUCAAACACAAGGUGGAGUAAAUUAACCCAAUCACCACGCUCGAUCGGCUCCUUGCAAUGUCCGGUGGGAAGCACCGCCGUGAGGAGCAGCCGCAAUUACGAUGAAUAACGCCGCAACCGCCACCAUCGGUCGACUGGCCAAUCCGUCGUUGGCGCAGUUGGCCACGCCAAAUGUCGGCACGUCGGAACUCCCAGUUGGCGCCGCCGUCUUUACCGGUCCCAAAGAGUGCUGGGUGUUGCCUAGCAACCAUCCGUUGAUGACGCCUAGGUUGGGAACUCGGGAGAUUCCCAGCGAGGACGAUGAGGAUGAGGAGGAGGAGGGGGAAGAGGAGAUCAGCGAUGGGGAGUCCUGUGGGACGGUCAGCGAUUACUCCACGGACGAGAUUCCGGUGUGGAUCAAGGGCGAGCAAAGGUUCAUUUCGGGGGUGACGGAGGAGACCACGUGCGCGGAUCUGAUCGAGGCGUUGAUACAGCAGGAGAAUUUGGCUGUGGAGGCGGCGGGGACGAGCGUGGAGCCCAAGGAGUACUGCAUUACGGAACGAUGGCGACAGGUCGAGCAGAUUCUGGACGGCAAAACGAAAAUCUGGCAGAUUUGGUCGGCGUGGGGCAAGGCGCAACCAGAGGUUAAGUUCAUCCUUCGCCGAUUGGACGGUUCUCACGGGCUGGCGCUGGCGUCGACGUCCGGGUCGGCCCCGAGCGGGUUGAAGGCAACUGCGGCGGCGGCGGGAACCGAGCGUGACAAAGACAGUGGUCGUGGGAGCCCCACGGGAAGCAUCAAUAGUGCAAUAGUGCGCCGGAAGCGACACCGCGCGCACAAAUCUUCCUUCGCGUGGAUGACUCACGGAACGACGAUCCACCCCAAGUCGAGCAAGAACUCGAUCGAGCGGCUAAUGAAGCUGAUUCUCGAGCAGGGCGACAUCAUCCAGCAGCAGCUAACCAAGCUGAGGGACCGCGAGCUGCAAAUCAGCAAGAUCGAAGACGAUCGUCACCGGCUUCGAGAGCGCGAACACGGCAAGAACUACCUCCUGGAAACGUACCUCAAAGGGCUGUCGGAAGCAACCCAAGAGGAUGAUCCGACCGCGGGUGGCGACAGCGGGAUCACUUCGGAAGCCACCACCGCUGCUUCACCGGAAGUUGAAUCCUGCCGGGACGCGGAAUCUCCGGGGACUUCAUCGACCGAGAAGGACGGCGGGUUGAAGGAGCAGAUCAGGAUGUUGGAGAAGAUUGUCCAGAUCAACAAGCAGAUCGUCAAGGAGGAGGAGAGUGCGGUUAAGCUGUACGACCGGAUUAGGCGCUAUCAGUUGGACAUUCCGAACCAAUCGCCGGAGCAGGUUAAGGAGAACCUCACCAAGGUGAACGCUAGCUUGGAAAAGAGUCAAAGUGAGCUGAUGGAGGUAGAUGAAUCCCUGAAGCACUCGGAAGUCACUUUAAGAGAGAAGAACCUCCUGCUGAAGCGUUUGGAGGAGGAGCUGGAAGAAGAAGAACACCAAGCCAACGUGAUCAUGGACUUUUCCCAACCAAACCCCGUGCUCAGCAUCAGUCGGAUGGGUCCUCCGGCGGAAGCUGCCGAUCCCCUGCUCGACCCCCUCCCAGCUCACCAUCCAAGUUACCCUCUGUACACGAUCAACGAACAGCAGCAGCACAACACCCUCCCCCGGAAUCAACGAUUCCCAAUACCUUCUCAAAGUGCUCCGGCACCGAUCACGGUCCACCAGAUCAACAAGUUCAUCCAGAGCAACAGCAAGCUGGGCAACAACUGCAGCGCCAUGCUCGACGACAAAAUCUGCCCCAAGAAGCUGUUCAACUCGGCACUGUUCGAGGGACGGGACGGUCCUCCCCAUCUGGACCAUGAUCUGGCCUGCAUGGGGACAUUAGUUUAACGGGGAUUGCUGGUGCUCUAGAUUUAGAUUAGUUCGAAACGAAACACAAAUCAAAGAAAUCAUUAUGUUUGCUUACCGAAAUAAAGGGCUUAUCAUCAUGUUUAGGGGUUAAGUAAGGACAUCACACGCACACACAACACACAUUCUUAUAACCAAACAUAUCACCUAAGAGUAGACGUUAGGAACGUUGCUAGUUUAACUUGUAAGCUCAAGAAUUUUGUUUCGUGCUCGUAGUUGGUUUGUAGACAAGUUAGAGUAAAUAUAAAGUGAGUGUACUUUUUUUGUUUUCUUUUUUGUUUGUUUGCUAAGCUAGUCACUGUAAGAUUUCAUUGCAUUUGUGAAAGAUUGUGUUAAAUAAAUGACGAAAAAUUGGUGCUUGAA